GCGGUGCUCCUCCCCCCGCAGGUGCGGUCACGAUGCGAGGCGUACACGGCCUACGUGUACCUGGACAAGACCCCCUACCGCAACGCGCACUGCGCCAUCUGCAACAACGUCGGCCUGCACUUCCUGCAGUGCCAGAAGGCGCUCACGCGCUCUUCCUACAACAAGGAGUUCAGCCCCAUCGCCUUCGCCGUGCUCUUCGACCUCAACUACGCCGACAGCGCCGCCGUCGGCACGGUGCGGCUCUGCCCCAACGGCCAGCUGUUCGACCCCUUCUUCCGGACGUGCCGGUCCGUGGUGUGCCCGGUUUCGGGCGCGGGCGCGGCGUCGGGGUCGUGCAUCAACGGCACCCGGAUGUCCUCGCUGACGCCCGCCCUCCCCUUCCCCUCCGGCGGCAGCGGCGGCGCCAACGCGUCCGGCAGCACCCAGGACCUCGGCCCGCACCACCACCCUCAGGACGAGGACGGCGACCUCUUCGAGAGGCAGAUGGCUUUCGACGCGUGCCCCAAGUUCCUGCUCGAGCCCUCCGAGUUCGAGCUGUCCGCCGACCGCCGCAACGCCACCGUGGUCGUGUACAACAGGACGUUCAGGGAGGGCGAGUUCGAGCUCACGACCGACGGCAGGCUCGCCAUCUGCACCUACGCCAGCGGGAUCCAGUUUGUCGACAAGUUCGGGCCCUACAUGGGGUAUGUGACGCUGGCCGGGCUCGGGGUGUCCGUCGUGUUCCUGCUGCUGCACCUGCUCGCCUUCGCGCUGGUGCCCGAGCUGCGCAACCUGUCGGGCAAGAACCUGGCCUCGCUGUGCAUGUCGCUGCUCGUGGCCUACGUCAGCUUCAUCGCCGGCCAGCUCAUGGGCCGCGAGAGCGGCACCACCUGCCUCGUGGCCGCCGUGCUCACCUACUACAGCUUCCUGGCCUCCUUCUCGUGGAUGCUGACCAUGGCGCUGGACGUGUGGCGCACGCUGCGGCUCGCCACGUGCGAGCUGCGCGUGUCCGCCGGCAAGCAGUGGCGCAAGUUCGUGCUGUACUCGGUGUGGACCUGGCUCAUGCCGGCCGCCAUCGUGUGCGCCGCGCUCUUCGUCGACGCGGCCGCCCCCGGCACCGUCGACGACCAGUUCCGACCAGGGUUCGGCUUGCAUGCGUGCUGGUUCGCGCACCGCAAGGCCCUCCUCGUGUUCUUCGCCGCGCCGCUGGCCGUCAUCAUGUUCCUCAACGUGGUGCUCUUCGCCUCCUCGGCGCUCAUGAUCGUCCGGACGGCGCCGGCGCUGCGCUACGCGCCGCCACCGCCCGGCGGCACCUCCGGCACCCGGAGGGACUUCCGACUCUACAUCCGGCUCGCCAUCGUCAUGGGGCUGACCUGGACCGUGGGGCUGAUCGCCGGCUGCCUCGACAUCGACGCCCUGUGGUACGCGUUCGUGGCUCUCAACACGCUGCAGGGCCUGUUCAUCUUCCUGGCCUUCACGUGCACGGAGAAGGUGGUACGCGGGCUGGGCGAGGCGCUGCCCUGCGCGUGUCUGGCGGGGCUGUGCCGCGUGGUGGGCCGCGCCAAGCGGGGGCUCUCCGGCAAAGGGCUGGGCGACAAGGCCGGCAUCCGGCCGCCCAGCUUCUCCUGGUCCGGCUCCGGGGGCUCGGGCUCCAACGACUCGACGCACAAGAGCGCGCUCGGCUCGUCGUCCGAGUCGUCCAGCCCCAGCCACCACGGCAACGGCCACGGGCAGGGCAACGGCCACAGCCACGGCCACGGCCUCGGCAACGGCCACAGCCACAGCGGCCACAGCCUCAACGGCCACGGCCACAGCGGCCACGCCCACAACGGGCACGGCCUCAACGGGCACAGCUCUGUGCGCCACCCCGGUCACCGGCACCACCACGCCACCUCUGACACGCUGUACUAGUGGGUGGAGAGGUGCCGGGCGAGUCCCGGCCUAUCUCGUUUAUGAAGACCUGGACACUCUGUUUGUGCUGCAGUUACACGUUUGGGCGCCGGUGUUUAAAAUCGCCAUCGACUAGAAUAAUGUUUACUUUGCCCUUGGGUCGAAUUCCUAGUGCGAAACAGGGUAUCGAAUCGAAGUCGAAAAGAUGUCAUAACCGUGUCAAUGAAGACAAACAAUUGUCGAAAUGAUAUCGUUUCGACAUCUUUUCACCAUGUAUUUCGCACUAGGUUUUUGACAUACGAAUAUCCGGCAGAGGGGAGGUGAAACCGGGUAAACUAGUAUUUAUAUCAGUGGGUUGGUUGAAUAGGUCAGGCCGUCGAAACUGACAAUCGGCGUUUACUGCGUUGAUGUGAAACCCUUGUUCCGGUGAGUCAUGCAAAGGUUGCGUGUUCGCGUACGAUCAGCUCUCUAGCGCGUACAGCUUACGCCCCUUACGCUGUGCGUAAGAUGAUCUGCUCAAAAUAAGCCUUGUAGAUAUGUAAGAAAACAUCUGUACAAAUUUGUCAUUUCUCGUUCAUAUAGUUUGUUCAUAAUUUUACCUAAAAAUUGAUCUAUGUUAAAAAAAAAUCGUUUUACUAGUUAUUCCGUUUUGCAUACUACCUCUAGUGAUCGAACUGUGCAGUACAAGAGAAGAAUAAUUGAAACGCUCACAUGUUGAGUGCAAAGCAGCCAUGUCAUGGCUACACCGGUCUACAUCCUGAGUUAAAUCAUGGGGGUCAAAGAAUUUAGCUGCACUCAACAUGUUAGAGAUUUUAUCAGUCAGAAGAAUUUUUUAUGCGCUAUAUUUAAAAAGUGCUCAGUAUAAGUUUUGUUUACAAUUGUGAUUUAUGAUAGUUUAAGAAAAUAGAUUAUGUUAAGAAUAUUAUCAUAACAACUGGCAUCUAUACUUAGCAGUGCCAUGAUGGAGAAAAAGCUGUUUCUUGAACAUCUAUUUCAUGUCUCUGUGUAAAUUUUAUUGACUUUAAUUGAGAGCUUUAUUUCUUUUGUUAACGAAUAAAGUAAUUGGCCAUAGCUUGAGAGUUCUAAAAAAAGGUUUUUUUUUUUCAAA